AUGACCCUGACGUCGUUCAGUGCGACACGGCUGGUCAUUGAUUCGUGUGGUUCCGCCAGGCAUGUGGGUGACGCCUUCCCAGACCUGCCAAAGCUGGGCGAUUGCCUGGAGGUGGCCCAACGUGGAGUAGAUGAGAUUCGGGCCAUUGAGGCCACGGGUCCAGGGACCAAGAACUUUGGAGAAGAGAAGAACUCCACUGGCCAUUCAGGAGAUGAUGACGACACUUCCACUCGGACGGCCACCACCGUCUCGGCGAUCCAAAGCUUCGCCAGUGAGCGGAGUUGUAGCAGUUGCUGCAGCAACACACUGAAUGUUUCGGAGCCUUUAGGUCUUGUGAUGAAGUUCGAGGUCUAUCGCCUGUUGAACAACACGCGUCACGACUGUCGAAGCAUUGAGUUGCGCAGCGGCCAGCUCCUCAUCUAUGACAAGAAUUCUACAUCACAGGUGAAAUAUGUUGUGCAGAUCCCUGAUGGUAUGGAUCGUGUGCUUUUGAAAAGUGAUGUGAUCUUAGAGAUGUCCUUCACCGUGCUGCCAGCCAGUGCAAAGAAAGGGAUGAAGCAAAAAGACUACAUCUUUGAAUUCAUAUCCGCAGAAGAAGCAGAUGUCUUUUGUGAGGAGAUUUGGAACCAAGGGGUUCGAUAG